UUGUACUAAUGGUGUCAAGGAUGGCAGGGCCUGACCCGAAAAUCAAAUUUUUUUGGGCGCCGAGCCCACAGGCAAAAAUUAUGGCUUCUUCUCUAGCCGGCCGGAACCGCCUGGUGGCGCCCCUAGCUGGAGGCCUGCGGCUUACGAAAGUUUAACAUUCGCCUCCGUCCACUAAACGAAGAGUCUUAAAUACCAAAAAAAUAUUCCCACAAUCCCUAAUACCUUUCAAAGUCCCCAUUAAAAUGCCUACGCCUCCGCCAUGGUGGCAAUAGGAAUCGCCUCGAGGAUCCGACUACAAGAGCAAGAGCGAGGGCCAGAGCGUCCAAGGGGACAAAGUAGUACGGUCUUGAAAGAAAUUUACAGUUGGAAGAUGCGGCUUAAUGCCAAAUAACAUGCUUUACUUCCUGUGGAGAAGCGGAGUCUGCUGAAUGAAUCAUAUUCAAGAUUAUGGAGAAAGCGGAGAAGUGCUUAUAUGAAGGUCCACCUGUUGUCAGCUUGGAAGAGCUCAUCUCCAUGCUCAAAGACGACGGGGAUUUCGACCGCCUGCGCCACAAAAUCAUCCAAACCCUCAAAACCAAUGAAAGCUUGAAAAAUAACAUUGCAUCGGCCGUGAGGGAGUCUUCUGUACUGAACAGUGAAGGAUCUGAAAAUAUGAAACCAAGACAACUCUUUGAUACCAUAUAUCAAGAGAUAAAGAAUCAAGCAAUGGAUCAGAUAUCACAUGCUGUGUGGGAGGUGAUGAGGUUCCCUGAUGGCAUGGGAAAGGAGAUAUCAGAAACAGUUGAAGGAGUGUUCGGUAAGUUGGUGGAGCAGAAAACAAAGCUUCCAAAAGAUAUGUCUGUGCCUUCUAAUAAGCAGGAGCCCAAAAUCUCUCCUGCCAUAAUCACCUCUGCAAGUGAAAGUGUCACUGUGCCAUGUAAUUAUAAUGAACCCAAGGAAACCCUUGGGUUUUCUCAGCCUGAUGAUCUUUGUAAUAAACUUGGUGGCAACUCUCAAGAGCCAGAGCCAGAGUCAGAGUCAGAGCCACGGGGACGGCCCAAUGAAAUGCAAUUGAUUGACAGUGAGCAGAGUGAAAGCCCUGGGUUUCUUCGAUUUGCCGACCAGAAUCAGCAACAAAUAGAUGGUGACCAUGACAUGGACCCUGAUGUUCCACCAGGGUUUGGUUGAUCUGUAUCCAUUAUUGGGUGAAUGUUUUUCUGGUCAAAGAUGAUUGAAAGAAGGAACUCAUGCCUUUUGUGUUAUAUCAUGUCUUGUGAUUCCAUCGAAAUACCACCAGAAUGCAAUGAUAACAAUUUUGA